UGCGAGGUCGUUGCAUUCCUUGCAGAGGACUACUUCCAGAGAGAACCCAUUACCCUGGGCACCCACGCCAACGAGAAGUGCGAGCCGGGUAAAAGGGCGCAUGGGCGAGGACGUCCGCAGAUGCCUGAAGUCCGGGCUGUCGGUGGGCGCGAGGGACCGGAAGACGGGUCAGCUGAUCGGGCUGCGAGUGAGCAACCUGCUGGACAGAGAAAAACCCUUUAAGUCUACUCAGCCUUGUAAUGAAUUCGAGGAGCUGUACCGCAUCGCAGAGCACGUAGUGAAUCACGUGUAUGAGGAGAAAGCAGACAAGUUCCUCAUGAUGUUUCUGCUCAGUGUCCAUAAGGAUUACGGCGCUCGGGGCAUCGCAGGAGAGAUGGUGAAGAUGAGCAUGGAAGCCGGCUAUUCCCAGGCGCUCAAAUAGCCUUCACUUGCAUCAGUAACGUGCUCUCAGGAAAGGUUUUCGAGAAACUGGGCUUUAAAAAGGGCUUUGCGCUGGAGUACGAGAAGCCCGGACACGACUUCAAGGUGGACCUAACGAAGAUGCAUGGCAAUAAGGUCGCUUAUCUAGUGACGAAGGAGUUGCCGUGAGACCCGAGUGGGACUUUGGGUUUGAUCAUUCUUACGAGAAGUAUUUUUUUAAAGUAUUUUUUAAAACGACUUUUUAAACUCACGUAAUCGAAGUAACGGCUUUCUAGAGAGAAUCCUGCAGAUUAGACAGGUUUGUUAAUAAAAUGUUGUGUAGAGCGAA